AAUGAAUAAAUAUUUUUUUUCAGAGUUGAAAAUGUGGCUUUAGAUAUACUUUGUACAUUUGCUUUAAAAUCUUGAAAGCUUGAUUUUGGUGGAAGAUGACGUUUUCUAUGUCUGAGCUGGAUCAGUCUCAUAGGAUCGAAAUGGAACAGGAGGAAGACGACUUACCCUUGAAAUCUACCAAAGAGUUGGAAGAAGCAAAAAAAGCAGAAAAGGAGAAACAAGCUCGAAAUGAUGAUAUUGCCCUUGUUGUUUGUAUGGUCUGUCUAAUUCUUCUUACUGCAUUAACUGUAGUGUUCAAAAUAAUGUUUGUUGAUCCUGUUUCUGAUCCAAACCUUGUAACAUUUCGUCCUCUCAAACAGAACGUUGGCUCUAACGAAAAGUAUACCGGAAAUGGAUAUCUCCCCUGCAACGGAUAUAUACCCUGCCAACCGGAAUAUCUUUCACCGCAUGAAUUAGAAGAACGCAUUAAGGACGCAAUGCCAUGCCAUGAUUACAAUGAGAAGGGUGAUGGUCCAUCAGGUUGCUGGUAGAACAAAAUGGUGAAAUAAAAUUUUAAUAAUUCAAUAUGGUAAAAUUAUAUCAAGGGAACCCUAUGUAAUAAGUUUAUUUGUUCCUGUUCAUAAUCAAUUGGUUUUUACUUUAAAAAGUAUUUUCUCCGUGUCGAAAACUAUUUUAUUUUACAAACACCCCGAUGUUCCCAUUGGUUGUGCACUGUGCAAUGUAAAGUUUCAUAUAUAUAUAGAGAUUCGACCAAUUGCCCCGUGUUUUUGCUUCUAAUCAUAGAACAAUUUUAUACACAGAGAAAAAACUUUUCGGUCUUUCAAUAGGUAAAAAACAAUGACAGUUUAUUAUUAAAAAUGUAGGUUGUAAACAAAAUUAUUCCUGUUGCAGCUUUAAUUCUUAGAUAACAACACUCCUAGCUCAGAACUAAAGGUGAAUAAAAAGAAAAUAUUUCAGAAUUUCCACAUUCAAUGUUACAUUUUAUUAUGGAAAAUAAAAAUGUCUGUGGUUUAUUCUUUCUCUUAAAAACUCUUUAAUUUUAGCCUUUAGGUAAUAAGUCUUAAAUCUAGAACAAAAGACAUUUUGUUUUUGUAAAAAAUCUGUUAGUUUUAUAUAAAUAUCCUUUUU